AUGAAGGCAAAGGAAACUAUCCACCAUUUUCUCAGAAAAUACACUGUUCCGGACAUAGAUGGGUUGAGGACACUUGAGGGCAUUAUAGACAUUUUAAUGUUUGGCUUUGAUGACAUCAGCUUUUUCUGUGAAAUAAAUAAACGGAAGUCAACAAAAGGGGGAAUCUUGACAUUGUCAGGUGAACUUCCAUUAGAGAUGGGCAAUCUUGUCAAUUUGGAGGUAUUGAAUGCAGAAAGUGGUUCUCUUACAGUGCCUAUUCCAUCUUUUAUCUUCAACAUGUCUUCAUUGAGAGUAAUUUUUUUCAUCGAGAAACUACAACUUGAUUCCAAUAAGCUUUCUGGCCAAUUUCCACCAAGCUUGUGGGAAUGUAAAUGGCUUCAAAUAUUAUCAUUGGAAAGUAAUGAUUUCACAGGAAGCAUAUCUAACAACAUUGGGAACCUUACAUUGCUAAGAGAAUUACAUCUUGGUUUCAACAAGUUGACAGGUACUUACCAAACUAAACUUGGUCUUUUCCUUACAAGUUUGCAUAGUAAAUCCGCAGCUGUUGUUUGGAAGCCACUAGGCCUCUUAAAAACCCAAGAUUUAAAUUUCACAUUGUGUGGAGGUACAUUACCAGAAGAAAUUGGUAACCUUAAUCUUGAGAGAUUGUCUGUCUCUUUCACAGGCUUAACCGGCUUGAUUCCCUCCCAAAUCUUCAACAUAUCAACAGCAAGAAUCAUUAGCCUAAAUGGGAAUCAGCUCUCAGGCCAUCUUCCAUCAAGCCUUGGCCUCUGGCUUCCCAAUCUUAAAGAGCUUUACCUAGGUGGAAAUAAACUCAGUGGAACCAUACCAAGCUCCAUCUCCAAUGCAUCCAAACUUACCAUCCUAUUCAUGACCUCCAACUCAUUCACCGGCUCCAUACCCAAUACACUUGAAAAUCUAAGACUCCUGCGCAGAUUCUCUGUCUCUGAAAAUAAUCUUACCCGGGAAUCUUCUUCUCUGGAAUUAAAUUUAAUUACUUCUCUGGCAAAUUGCAACAAUUUGAAAGAUUUGGGAAUAGCGUGGAAUCAAUUCAAUGGCAUCCUCCCAGCUUCAUUUGGGAAUCUCUCCACUUCUCUUCAACAAUUGGAAGCAUUCGGAUGCAAACUCAAGGGGGAAAUUCCCGUUGGCAUUGGCAACUUGAGCGGCUUGAAUGUCAUAAGUCUAGAUGACAAUGAGUUCACUGGCUUUAUCCCUGCAACAAUUGGAAGGUUAGAAUGCCUUGACCGCUUGUAUCUUGAACACAAUAGGUUACAAGGCACCAUCCCAAAUGAUCUUUGUAUGUUGAAGAAUUUGGGAGACUUGUAUCAAAGUGACAAUAAGCUAAAUGGAUCAAUACCAACAUGCUUGGGUGAACAAAAAACCCUGAGACAUAUCUACUUGGAAUCCAACAAUUUGAAUUCCACAAUACCUUUAACCUUGUGGAGCCUUAGAGAUCUCCUCGGUCUAAACCUGUCCUCAAAUUCUCUCACUGGUUACAUACCACUAGAUAUUGGAAAUUUGAGAGUCAUAACAGAAAUAGACUUAUCAUGGAAUCAGUUAUCAAGCGAUAUCCCAAGCACCAUUGGAGGAGCCCAAACAUUAGUUACUCUCUCCUUGGCACAUAAUAAACUACAAGGACCUAUUCCUCAAUCAUUGGGCAAAUUGAUAAACUUGGAAUUCUUGGAUCUAUCCCAUAACAAUUUGUCCAGAGACAUUCCUCAAUCACUAGAGGUACUCAGGUAUCUUCAAUAUUUGAAUCUCUCCUUCAAUAACUUGCAAGGAGAAAUUCCUACUGGAGGGCAUUUCACAAACUUCACUGCUGAAUCAUUUAUGCAAAACUCUGGGUUGUGUGGUGCACCUCAAUUGCAAGUCCCGCCAUGCAAAACUAUUCACAAAUCAAGAAAAAGUUUGGAUUUACUGAAAUAUAUCUUACCGUCAAUUGCAUUUGCAAUACUUGUGGCAGCCUUUGUGUGGAUAAGAUGUCGAAAAGUCAAUAUGGCACUACCAAUUCGAGUAGAUUCAAUGAUUCAUUCAUGGAGACGAUUUUCAUAUCAAGAACUUGUACGAGCAACAAAUGCAUUUAGUGAAAGCAACCUACUCGGUACAGGGAGUUUUGGUUCUAUAUAUAAAGGAAUCCUUUCAAAUGGGAUGAGUGUUGCUAUCAAGGUUUUCAAUUUGCAAACGGAAGGAUCAUUCAAGAGUUUCGACGCUGAAUGUGAAGUUAUGUUGAACAUAAUGAUAGAUGUUGCAUUAGCAAUGGAGCAUCUACAUCACGGUCUUACAACACCUAUUGUUCACUGUGAUUUGAAGCCCGACAAUGUCUUGCUUGACGAGGAUAUGGUUGCACAUGUUGGUGAUUUUGGAAUUGCAAAACUGUUUGGUGAAGGAGAGUAUAUAGCACAAACCAAGACCCUCGCCACAAUUGGGUACAUGGCACUAGAGUAUGGAAUGGAAGGGAUAGUCUCUGCAAAAGGUGAUGUGUACAGUUACGGAAUUAUGUUGAUGGAAGUAUUCACAAGGAAGAAGCCGACAGGCAAAAUGUUUGAAGGAGAAAUGAGCUUGAAAAGUUGGGUAAGUGACAUGAUAUUGCAGGGUCAUGGUGGUUCAAUACUUCUAGCUAUGGACUCCAAUUUGAUAGGAAGUGAAUCAGAAGAUGUAAAUUUCACUGUUAAGGAGCAAUGUGUGUUGUUAGUCUUGAGUUUAGCCAUGGACUGUUUGAAAGAUCAGCCGAACGAGAGGAUCAACAUGAAGGAUGCCUCAGCCAGACUCCGGAAAAUUAGAACUGUGUUUCUAGCAAACAAUGGAAAGGGCUUGAAAGGCAAAGAUAUAUGUCAAGACUAA